CGCAUGUUUUGAAGGAUGAGCGCAGGACAGAGACCAUGGUUCCUCUUUCGGAAGUCCGUACUUCACGGCCUGCGCCCGGGGGUCACUGUAUCCCAACUCACACCGCUCGCCAUCCCAUCCCACCCAUUCUCUCGACGCCCUCUCUCCAUGGCGACCCUAGCGCGACUGACUUCGCUCUCGACGCAGACUCUGUCGCUGCUCCUCGAGCGGCAGCGGUUACAGUCGCUGGCGAACCCGAGCGCGAAUGCGCUCCACAUACCGCAGAUUGCGCGGAACAUGCAGCAGCUGCGCGCGGGCGUGCUCGCGCUGGAGGAGAAGGAGGGGCGGUCGGAGGCAGUGAGUUUACUGAGAAGUCAGUAUGAACGAAUGCGGAGUAUGCUGGGGCCGGAGGGGGGAGCGGCUGGCGUGGAGAUACUGGAAGAGCCUGCGAGCAGUGCUAGCACAUCGGCAUCGACGUCUUCACUCGAUUCCAAACCCUCUUCGCCCUCGCCGUCACCACAGCGUGGUGCUACGAAAGACCAUGCGGACGUCGAAACCGAACCGUUCACACCGUACACGGACGACCCCGAGGCGGCCUACUCGAAUGAGGAGAUGCUACAGAUGCAGCACCAAAUGAUGAGCGACCAGGACGUGCAUCUCGACCGGCUCUCGCACUCUAUAAACCGCCAGCGCGACCUCUCACUUCAGAUCAACGAUGAGCUGGACGUGCACACGGGGUUGCUAGAGGAGCUCGACCACGAGCUCGACCAUACCGGAAGCAGGCUCAGUGGCGCGAGGAGGAAUCUCGAGAGGGUGGCGAAGGGUGCAAGGGAUAACAGCUCAACGGUCAUGAUUGCGCUCCUGAUCCUGAUCCUACUCAUCCUCAUCAUCAUCUUCAAGACAUAACACUCAUCUGAACGCUUCUCGCGUCUUCCGGCUUGCAUAUCCCGCCGCUUCAUAUACGAGGACAUUCAACUGUGCAUACCUCACUUAUCCUAUGUAUUGUACGCUAGCGUAAUAUCUCUGGAACACAUGGAAUUGUUACAUAUUUU